AUGUGGAAACUUCUGGGAAUUUGUUUAAUCAUAGGGAUAAUCGAUGCUCACGUCACCUUUACGAAUCUAAAGUGCAAUAAUUUAGAUAAAAAUUUUAGCGAUAUAAAGACGUGUCGUAUUAAGGCUGUAAACAGGACUCAUAAAUAUAUCGAUAUAUAUGUAAAGAUGAUGCAAUUACCAAUCGACAAUGUAACGAUCAAUUUUAAGCUAAUGCGUUUUGAUGGGCAUGGAUAUAAGCCACAUUUCUUUGAUUUAACCUAUGAUGCUUGCAAAUUUCUCAGAAGCCAGAAUAGUAAUCCGAUCAUCAAAGCAUUUUAUGAGACAUACAGGCAAAGUUCCAAUCUGAAUCACACUUGUCCCUAUAAUCAUGAUUUGAUUGUGGAUAAACUAUGGACUGGGAAUCUGGAUGCAGGUUUUUUGGCUUAUUUACCAAGCUUUAGUGGAGACUUUGCUGCAUAUACCAGUUGGUAUGCAUAUAAUCUGCUCAGAGUUACAAUUAAUUUUUAUUUAAAAAUCACAUAUUGAGUGUUUUGUCGAACAAAUCAAAAUCACCAUCUUUGAUUUUUGUACCAAACUAGAGAUGGUGAUUAAAAUU